AUGGCUGCCACCUACAUUCUGCUGUACAACAUUUCCCCCAGAAUCGUUGAGUGUUUUCCAGGAAAACACCAAGAGCUGUUUAAGGCCAUAGACAAGGCCAAAGCUUACAUACGACUGGAAGCAGAUCGUCGCCUUAAAAGCCUGGACACCUCUAACCCCCAGGACUACUUUGAUGUAUUCCUGGUUAAAAUGCUGGAGGAGAAAGAUCAGCCAGGGACCGAGUUCAACUAUGACAACUUGUUUCCGUGUGUGUGGGAUCUGUUUGCUGCCAGCACAGAGACCCUGUCCUCCACCCUAUCACACGCCUGUCUGAUGAUGAUCAAGUACCCUGACAUACAAGAGAAAGUUCAGAAGGAGAUAGAUGAGGUGAUUGGCUCGAACAGAGUCCCCACGGCUGAUGACAGACAUAAGAUGCCCUACACGGAAGCUGUCAUCCACGAAAUUCAGAGAAGUAUGUGUCUUGCUCCCACUGCUGUCCCUCACCAAAUGACCCGAGACACAACGUUCCACAACUACCACAUCCCAAAGGGUACCACGGUGUUUCCACUGUUGUCCUCUGUGCUGUUUGACCCCAAACUGUUCAAGAAGCCUGAUGAGUUUUACCCAGAGAACUUCCUGGAUGAAAAUGGACGCUUUAAGGAAAACAAUGGAUUUCUUGCUUUUGGACUGGGUAAGAUCAUGUUACAAGUGGCUAAUAAAAUAAUAUGA